CUCAAUCCAUUGCAUCCUAUGGUCUAUAUGUAUGGCGUAUAUAAUAUACACGUGUGGGACGGGUGGGGCACCGGUGCUCAACGGAAUACUGUCGUGGAAGGGAUGGCAACCCAUUAGUAAACUCACUUUUCAGGCUUAUCUUGUUCAUAUAACUGUUCACAAUUAUAUGUUUUACACAACCAGACAAACAGUUUACAUAACAGUGGGGACAGCGUUAUUGGAGUACACUAUUGGAUUCGAGUCUAAACUCAUCGCAACGGCUAAACGCAAUCGAGACCUCAAGAAUCAAAGGGAUAAACAAUUCUGGCAAAUACUCAAUUACUACACACCACAACCUGGACUCAACAAUUAA